AUGCAGCGACUCCGACAACUCGUGCACGACUAUUACCGAGCGCGACGGAGCAAUAGGCAACCGCCCUGGACGACGCUCCCACUCGCCGAUCGGGACGCCCGGUCAAUGGCCGCCACCCACCUUUGGGAUGUUGCCUGUGGACUCCACCAGGACCGCAACGAACGUCAAGCGUACACGCGAGCCAUCAAUAUUCUACACGAGCACUUGUCGACGCUCGUUCAACAACGAUUUCCCGAUGCGCGCCUGGGCGUCUACGGAAGCUGUCUCAGCGAUUUGAGUUUGGGUAAAUCGUCUGACGUGGAUCUGAGUUUGGAUUUUAAGCGUGCACGAAAGGUCAAAGACCAAUUCGAAAUAGGCAAAUGUCCUGUACAACGGUACGAAAGCGAAAUGAAGUCUUUGGUCUACGCAGUUUGUCGGACCAUGGAACGGCGAAAACACGAAUUUCGGGCUAUGCAACCCGUCACCCGGGCCCGGGUGCCCGUAAUAAAGGGCACGUAUCUGGGAGCCAACAACCCGUACACGGUCGACGGAUCCAUUGACUUUGACGUAUGCUUUCUCAACGACAUUGCCGUCGUCAACUCGUCGCUACUGCGUGAGUAUUCCAUCGUGGAUGAUCGCGUCAAGGCCCUCAUGAUUGCAGUCAAGCGCUGGGCCAAGGCGUUUGGUAUUUGCUCUUCCCAACACAAUACACUCAGCUCAUACGCGUGGAUGAAUCUGGUCAUUUUCUACCUACAGAACGUAGGCUUUGUACCCAACUUGCAAAGUCCCGAGUUGGCGCAGGCGGCGGGAAUAUCCCGAGAUCCCAGGAACGAAUGGCACGACGUCAACAACCUCGACACGUUUUACCUCAAGUGGGAGGAUGUCUCGUCGGUAUGGCAACGAGCGCCGGCGAUGGAAUCGGUGUCGGUGACGAGUCUAUUGUACGGAUUUUUCCGCUUUUACGUCGUGGAGUACCCUUCCAUCUUGACGGUGUCCAUCAAACUUGGUCGGGACACGUUUCUACCUAAAACCGUCUUUCGUAAAUCAUCGUUGGGCUUUUGGUGCAUUGAGGAUCCUUUCGAGACGUACGACACGCACUGCCCUCAUGAUUUGGCCAUUACGGCCGGCGUGGGCGGGGUCCGCGAGAUCACUUACCGAUUAGCGCAAGCCGAGCAGUAUCUGGGCGCAAAGCUACGGCUGUUGGCGGAGGAUACGAGCAUUCCGCCUCCGAAGCGCUUGUGGCCGUCCCCUCCCGUGGCAAAGAAACCACGAAAGAAGAAAGCUAUUUUACCUCAACAACACAACACCGACAAGAUCAAUUACGUUUUUAUCCUGGAUACAGAAGUUUUGCGCAGCAAUACUUAUUCCGUCCUCAAACGUCAAGACACUACCCACAAGGCCGACCACAUACUAUACGAAACUUUUCUGUACAAAAUGAUCCUUCACAGCAAUACCAUCUCUAUAAUCCGGUAUCAGGAGGACGAUGCGAACGACGUGGACGAACAACUGGUUCCUUACAUGCAGAACUAGGGGUCAUUCCAAAGCAGUGUCAUUGCACAUACAACUCCAGGCUCUGCUCAUCAAUUCGGUCAACUCCGUCAAUCUCAUCAAAAUCAAGGACAACACGUUCAAUCGCCACCACUUUAGUAUGGACAAAGCCAGCAGCCUUUCUUACUGCAGGUAUACCAAUCCCUUCCAAGUGGCGUACAGCCUUCGAACUGCUGUUAAACGUAUGCCGGCGCCCGUGAGCAAGGAGAUAACCUGGCAUCUGGAAUGCCCAUUAAUUGCAAAGCUCUGAUUUUUCUGCUGGAAUC